AUGGAGCAGAGGAAUCAGAGUGGGAGGGUAAGUGAGUUUGUGUUGCUGGGCUUCCCGGCUCCUGCGCCACUGCGGGCACUUUUAUUCGCCCUUUCUCUGCUGGCCUAUGUGUUGGUGCUGACUGAAAACACACUCAUCAUUAUGGCAAUUAGAAACCACCCCACCCUUCACAAACCCAUGUACUUCUUUCUGGCUAAUAUGUCCUUCUUGGAGAUCUGGUAUGUUACUGUCACUAUUCCCAAGAUGUUAGCUGGAUUUGCUGGGUCCGAACAGAGCCAGGGACAGCUAAUCUCCUUUGAGGGCUGCAUGACACAGCUCUAUUUUUUCCUGGGACUGGGCUGCACUGAAUGUGUCCUUCUUGCUGUUAUGGCCUAUGAUCGCUAUGUGGCCAUCUGCCAUCCUCUCCACUAUGCUGUCAUUGUCAGCGGUCAGCAGUGUGUGCAGCUUGCAGCUGGCUCCUGGGCUGGAGGUUUUGGUAUCUCCAUGGUCAAAGUUUUUCUCAUUUCUCGCCUCUCCUACUGUGGACCCAACAUCAUCAACCACUUUUUCUGUGAUGUCUCCCCAUUACUCAAUCUUUCAUGUACUGAUAUGUCAACAGCAGAGCUUACAGACUUUGUUCUGGCCAUUUUUAUCCUGCUGGGGCCACUCUCUGUCACUGGGGCCUCCUAUAUGGCCAUCACUGGUGCUGUGGUACGAAUUCCCUCGGCUGCUGGGCGCCAUAAAGCCUUUUCCACCUGUGCCUCUCACCUCACUGUUGUGAUCAUCUUCUAUGCAGCCAGUAUCUUCAUCUAUGCCCGGCCAAAGGCACUCUCAGCUUUUGACACCAACAAGCUGGUUUCUGUACUCUAUGCUGUCAUUGUACCUUUGCUCAACCCCAUCAUUUACUGCUUACGCAAUCAAGAGGUCAAGAGAGCCCUACGCCAUACGCUACACCUAUACCAGGGCCAGGAUGCUAAGCGCAGGAAAGCAAGCAGAGAUGGGUAG